CCCAGGGCUGGCAGGGCUGUACGACGUCCAGCCGCACUCGGGGGGCAGUGGGGUGGGGUGGUGACCCAACAGCACUGUGCUCUGAGGAGGCAGGAAAACUAGGGGGAGAGUAGCCCCCCAAAUGAGGGACUAGCAGCAGCAGUUGGGGUUCCAACCCUCAUGUCUUGGGUCAGCAUUUCUGAGCCCCUAAGAACGCAGGAGCUACCAUCCUCUGUCAGACGGCUGUUCAAUCUAAAUUUGCCGUGCCCAGCCCAAUCUGAUAGGACUGUCAUAUGAGUUACAGGCAUUAACAACCUUCCCAAAUAUUUUCAGGGACCCAGCAUGGUCUUGUUUGUAUGACAGCAUAGCAUGACCAGAACAUCAUAUCGACUUUGUCCUGGAGAUCAAAGCAUUGACAAAUGGCAAACUUGUUGCGUCACUGUCCCUUUUUCCAAUUCACCAGUCCAGUUUUCAUGCGCCUUUUCAGGCGGAGAGAGAGGGCAUUGAAACAGUCUUUGGGUCUGGUACAAUGUUAUAAUGCAACAAUUUUGUCCUGGAAGAAAUUAUCUACAAAAUGGUAAUUUCCUUCUGCUAUUAGAACCAUGCAGCUCACAAAGGAAAACAUUCUGCCGAGGAGUAAUACACUGUUCUUAAAAGAUUGUGCUUUGCUCCAAAGAAACUAAGGGUUUUUCCAAUCGGAGUGUAUAUUCAGAAUCCUCUGUAGACUUUGAUUGCUAGUUCAGUGUAGGCAAGACAGCUAAUGUUGAAUAUGUUACCUUUAGUUGGACAAACGUGUUUUAAUACACAUUCAUUGGGGAAGAUACUUUCUUCAAGAUUGACAGCUCUGGAAAAUGAAGUUCUCUAGCUACAGAUCAGGUACAGUGAAGGUGGUGGCAGAUCAAGCUUACUGGCAAUGUACCUAAGCCCUGACCUGGACAGACCACCUUGGAAACAUGAUAGAAGAGUUCUCUCUCUGAAUUUAUUCACUCUUUGGCUUCUUUGCCAACUUUGAAAACGAAACCGGUUGGCCCACUUGUUGACAAAGGUAUCUUUUUGUGACUGGGCACGCCUCUCCACCGAAAACCUGACUGAAAUCCAGCAACUCACUUCACAUGCGCCACCAGACAGCCAUCAGACAGUAACCCCUUUAAUUCACUACUGCCUUGGGGUUGGAUUGGAACUGUUAACCUACAGAUGCAAGGCCCUAUAUCCUUUUACCAGACCCCAAACCAUUUAAUUUUUUUUUUAAUAAACAAAAGUGUAGAAAAACUCAGACCAGUACACAGAGAUGAUGAUCAUGAACACUGUCACCCCCUCAAGGAAAUCUGUAGCCCCAAGGUUUUUCAUUUUCAAUCUCAUUUGCAGGUCCAGUAACCAGGUGUCCAAUUACCUACCUUGUCCCUCAUUGGUUUGAGCAUCGGUAUGGCUAUGAGUAUUUUGUCUUUGUUCAUUAGAGUGAAAUAUAUUGUGGUUCAGAUUGCUGAGUGCUCCUGGCCGUAUGGAACUCUUUACCUUUGAGUCACGGCAGUAAGAACCUCUCAACAUGCCAUUGGUUUGACUUUGUAACUUAGUUCAGUGUAAUAGCUAAGGGAAGUGGGCUAGAAUCUUAGCUGUGCUUCUGCCUAAUUUCUAGAUCUCAAGGGAAACAUCAUUGAUCGUAUACCUUUAAAAAAUGUUUAAUCUUAAUUUAACCCAUUUCUUCUUUUAAAGUGCUUUGUGGAAUACAAAUUGCACCCUGGCUGCAUAUACCAUAUGGGGGGAAAACUUUUAUGUUUCAGAGUAAAUUGUUUAUAAUGAUCCAGGGAGCCUGAGUUUUACAUCUUUGUCUUCUGUGAAGCUACCAUCUGUUCGUUCUUUCAUCCACUCUGUUGUUGUUCUAUAUGAGAAAAUAAAGAAUAAACACUGAAUUUCUGCCUAGGGCUUCCCUUUAAAGGGGCAUACUACAGAUGGUUUAUGUUUUUGCUAAACAAAAAUUAUCAUAUUUCAAAACCUAAUAAAAUACAUGCUUUCAAGAUUGUUUAUUCAUUUAAUUUAAAACAGGUUUUUUUAAAUAAUUCAGCCGUUCACCUUCAGAAUUGGCAUCCCAAACAUUGCAGCAGGAUUUUCAGCCCAACCAUAGCUACAUUGCAAUCCGGGCAUGAGAAACUGAAACUGACCCAGCUAACGAGCUCAGGAGCAUGAUUCUCUGGACACUUGUUUUUGCAGUUUAAAUGCUGAUGUGACAAUUAAAGUAGUUAUCUGGACACCACCAAACUCACUUUUCACAGAGUCCCUGGCAGGGGACAUUUCUCAAGAGAGACAAGAUGAAUAUCAAAGCAGUCAAAGUUCUGUGUCUGCUGGGGGUCUUUUUCCUCAUGCUGCUUGGGUCCCUCCUGCCUGUCAAGAUAAUAGAAGCGGAUUAUGAGAAAGCUCAUCGCUCCAGAAAGCUCAUUGCCCUCUGCAAUUCAUUCGGAGGAGGGGUCUUCCUGGCCACCUGCUUCAACGCCUUGCUCCCUGCUGUACGAGAAAAGCUUCAGGAAGUUCUCAAGCUUGGGAAGGUGACCACAGACUACCCCCUGGCCGAGACCAUCAUGCUGGUGGGCUUCUUUAUGACGGUCUUUGUGGAGCAGCUCAUCCUGACCUUUCGGAAGGAGAAGCCUUCCUUCAUCGACCUGGAGACCUUCAACGCCGGCUCAGACAUCGGGAGCGACUCAGAAUAUGAGAGCCCCUUCAUAGCAUCUUCCAGAGGGCACACGCUUUACGAGGAGCACAGCCACCACUCCCACAGCCACGGCUUGAAUGUCCAGGAGCUUUCCCAAUCCAGCCCCUUGCGGCUCUUCAGCCUGGUGGUUGCCUUGUCUGCCCACUCCAUCUUUGAGGGCCUGGCCCUGGGCCUCCAGGAGGAAGGAAACAAAGUCAUGAGUCUGUUCCUGGGCGUGGCCAUCCACGAGACGCUGGUGGCUGUGGCGCUGGGCAUCAGCAUGGCCAAGAUCUCAUUAACACUGAAGGACGCCGCCAAGCUAGCACUUACGGUGAGUUUGAUGAUUCCUUUGGGCAUUGGGAUCGGCAUGGGCAUCGAGAGCGCCCAGAAUGUGGCCAGCAGCGUGGCUUCUGUGCUCUUACAGGGCCUUGCUGCAGGAACUUUCUUGUUCGUCACUUUCUUUGAGAUCCUGGCAAAGGAACUGGAAGAUAAGAACGAUCGCCUGCUGAAGGUCCUCUUCCUAGUCUUGGGCUACGCGGCCUUGGCCUUGCUCGUCCUUUUGAAGUGGUGAAGGCUGGAGCAACAGACAGU